AUGGCAGUCCCAGACGCAAAGCGCCCAGAGGCUCGCCGCCGCGGAGGGCCCGCCCCCCCCCCCCGGGAAGGACCCCCGGAACGAACCCUCUCUCUCUCCUCUUGCUCCCUCCCGCUUCCCAGCGGUGCCUCUACACCCUCCCGCAGCCAGUCUCGCCUAAGUCCGACUCGGACCUGGACAGUCGUUUCUGACGUGGCCCCGGACCUGGACAGAGCUCGAGGUCGGCCCCCUGAGGGUGAGAUUCUCCCUAAGUCCCCGAUCUCCGUCCCCAACCCCGCGACUCCAUUUCCCAAAGGGCCCGCUUCUGUGGGGAGCAGUGCCCCGGCUGUCGCGUGCAGGGUACGGCGAGGCCCGAUGACGUCAUGCACGCUUCCGCGCGCGGCGGUGGUAGCGGCAGCAGCGCUCUCCCUUCCUCCCUCAGACCCUAGGAGCGGAAGCCUAAAAGAAGUCCUGCCCUCCCUGCCUGCCUCCGUCCUUCCGGCUGAUUGGGGCUCGUCUCCCUGCUCAGCCCCCUCCCCCGCGGGCCUCCCUCUUCUCCGCAGCCCCCCCUCUCCGGCCCUCCCCGCCCCGUGGAGGGCGCUACGGCUCCCCGCCCUCAGUAUCGCGAGAGGUGGUGAGAGCUGGCGGAGCCGCGGCGGCGGCGGCGGCGGCAGCAGUAGAGGUGACCGAGGCGGUGGCGGUGGUGGCGGCAGCGGCGGCGGCGGCGGCGGCGGUAGCGGCGGCCCUGGCCCCGACCGCGGAGUGGUCCCGUCGUGGUUGAGCGGAGUCCUCGUGCCCCCGGCCUGGUCCCGGGGAUGGAGAAGGCGACGGCCCCGGCAGAGGCGGAGGGAGACGGGAGCCCCCCGGCGGCGGCGGCGGCGGCGGCGGCGCCCCCCCCCUCCCGGGGAGCUCGGUGGCCCCGGCGGCGGCAGCUCGUCCCCGGCUCCCCGCGGGCUCGUGCGGGUGUGCGACCUGCUUCUCAAGAAGAAGCCGCCGCCGCAGAAUCCCAAGGCCAAGCGCAGCCGGACCUGCCACCCCCCCAGCAGCAGCGACAGCAGCAGCGACAGCGACCACGGCCCCGCUGGCCCGGGCCCCGGCGCCGGCGGCCCCAGUAGCAACAACAGCGAGGAGGAAGAGGACGACGACGACGACGACGAAGACGAGGACGAAGAGGAGGAGGAGGAGGAGGAGGAGGAGGUGUCUGAGGCAAGGGCCUGCGGGCGGAGGGGGGGCGGCUGGGGGGGCACCCCGGCACGUGGGGGCGCGGGCCGGCCUGCCCGGGCCUCCGGAGCCGGGGCGGAGCCUCGGGCCCGAGUUGUCACAUUGAGGGGCCCGGACCGAGGCCGCGGUGGAGCCGGCCGCCUGUCACAGGCGCCUUCCAGGCGGUACUUUUCCAUGCCGGUUCCACUGCGGGAUUUUCCCCAGCGGGCACGAGUGACUCCCGAAAUACGGCAUCCACCCCCACCCCCAUUCCCCCUUCUCCCGCGAAAGGUUUUUGGAACAACUUCACUUGACAGUAGUGGUAACGUCUGCAUAUCUGAAAUUGUUGCUAUUUCUCAUGGCAACCUUAAUUCCAGCUUUUGA